CCAUCCAUACGCUCAUUGAGGGCUCUUUGAAUCAGCCAACUACCUCAAAACUUUAGUCCUCUUCUUGUCUUCCAUUUCCAUCACCACACUCACUGCUCCGAGACUGCACCCUCUCCGGCCAGCUACAGCGUCUCUCUCACCAGUUUCCGGCUCAAACAUGGUGCCCAAGAGGGGCUAGACUUGAGCCCAACGCAACACUAUCUCAACGUGGCGGUGGGUCUGCCCAGUUUUUCCUCCAAAAGAUCUCAAAUGGGUUGCUGUGUGAGCUCCGGCAAGCCAUCAGCUGCACACAAACACCACCAGUCUCUGGUGUCCGAUGCCAAUGAAAACAGAGCUUCCCAUCCUUUAGCCGAAGAAGAGACCGUCAAAGAAGUGCUCUCCGAGACCCCGAAACCCAAGCCUCCGCAACAAGACUACCAACCCACGUUACCCACCACCAAACCGGUCUUCGACAACGUCAAAGACAACAAGAGCAACGACGACGAGGAGGACAAGAUCGACAAAAUUCACUCGCCCAUCAAUGCCGCCACAGACAACGACGUCUCCGAGCUCUCCGAGGUCUACAGCGUGAGCGAGAGCGUGUCCACUACAACCACCAAGAGAGACGAAGACGAGGAGGUCCGUCAGAGAGUGCACAGAUCGUCCCCUGCGAGAGCGCCGCAGAGGAGCCGAGCUCAAACUGGGGACUUGGGGGCCAAGAGAGAGAGGCUUCUCGGGAAGUCUCCGACCCGGAGACCCGAUCAGUCUCCGGGUCGGUUUAAUUCCGGGUCGGUCCGGCUUGUUCACGGCAGAGAACCCAUCUCUGGGCGUGGGUUGAGGGCCGCUGAGCCACCCCAGCCCCGUCGGGACCCUUAUGGGGAGGCGUCCAGCAGGCGGUCCAGGUCGCCGGCGACCCGUGUGGACAAUGGGCCGAAUAGAUCCGUCAUGGGUCGGAGCCCGUCUGCCAGGAGAACGAACAGGUCUCCGAGUCGGGUCAAAUCGGCUCCGACUGAGACUAACACCCGGAAAAUGGAGCAGACCAAGAAUGAUAUCGAUAAUGGCACGGAGGGUAAGUGGCCGACUACCACGACAACGACGAGGACCACCAAUGAGUCCUUGGAUAACCCACUUGUGUCCUUGGAGUGUUUCAUUUUUCUCUGAUUUUUUUUUUUUUUUUUUUUUUUUGUAAAUAAUUUUAAUUUUAGUAUAAAAGGUCAAUCUGGGGAUUUGGAAGGAUUUUGUCUAUCAGUGGGUUGGGUGAUAACUGAUAAGGAGAUGACACAGUCUGUGUCUGAAUUGUCACAGAAACGCCAUUAAAUUGACCUCUGUUUACUUUUA